CCUUCCAUGGUGCCGCGAUACUCCUCUCGCUUGUCGCUCUUUGUCCGGGUGGCGAUAUCAGAAGGCCAUGAAUGAUGAUGAUGAUAAUUAUGGCUAAAACAAUUUGCGUUUUUGAAUGAAUUAUAGUUGAAAUGGUGGAUCAACAAGCAUACACCGUGUGAGGACUGGUUGUCACACCAGAGAGUUUCUAUUUAAAGGACGAGCAACGGAAGAAAAGGUCAUAUAUUAGCUAAUGGCUGCCGAAUCGGGGAGACUACUGGCGGGACCAGGAAAACGAAACAAAGCUGGACAGAUGAAGAGCCCGGAGAAGAAGAAGGCGAGGAAAUCCACCAACCAGGCGGCAGGGUUCUCCCACCUCACGGAGUUUGCACCCCCUCCGACCCCCAUGGUGGAUCACCUGGUCGCCUCCAACCCCUUCGACGAUGACUUCGGGCCCCCAUCCCGACCCAGUGUGGCACCUGGACCAGGUAGUGCUCCAUUUCUUCCCAGCCCAGGCGCAGGCGGAGGAGGUGGUUAUGGUGGUGGAGGCAGAAUGGGCGUAGGCAUGGGCUUCAUGGGAGGCCCGGGAGGACCAGGCGGCGGUCAACCUGGACGAAGGCCACCGUUCGGCCCUCCGUCCAAUGCUGGACCUCACCACCAGCUAGGCUUUGGAGGAAUGCCUGGCUUUGGAGGUGGCGGUGGGGGCGGCGGUGGGGGAGGAGGAGGGGGUGGUGGAUUCCCCCCUGGUGGCCCUUCUCAGUUCAAUAUGCCACCAAACUUCAGUCCACCCAUGCACCAGGGGCCAGGAUUCAAUCCCAUGUUGUCUCCAGGGGGUAUGGGAGGUCCCGGGGGAGGGGGGCCACCCCACCCUCGGUUUGGCAUGCCUCCACAGCAGCAGCACGGACAGGGUGGACACCCAUUCAACAGCCCACCGUUACCUGGUGGCGGAGGCCCAAGAGGGCCCCCACAUGGCCCCCUGCCUCCCAUGGGAGGAGGCAUGGGUCCUGGGAUGAACAUGAUGGGUGGCAUGGGUGGUGGCCCCGGAGGCAACAUGGUGGGAGGGUUACCGGGUAUGCCCCCUCAAGGACAGUUCCCUCCCUCACAGGAUGGCCCCUACGCUGGCCCCAGUCCGCCAGGGCCAGGCAACGAGGAUGGAAAGAACUUUGGUGGAGGAGGGCCUCCGCCCGGGCCUCAACAACAGCAGCAGCAGCAGCAGCAGCAGCAGCAGCAGCAGCAGCAGCAACAGCAACAGCAGCAGCAACAGCAGCAGCAGCAACAGCAGCAGCAACAGCAGCAACAGCUUAACCUAAAUCCCAAUGGCCCCCCUCCUAAUAACUCCACUCCUGGCCCUCCUCCUAACUCUGGCCCACCACAGCCUGGAGGAGGCUUCCCUGGCCACCCUGACGUCCAGCAGUCCAACGCCAAUACACCUGGUCAGCCUCCCUCAGCACCGCCACAGCCUAACCCCAACUCUUCUCCUACUGGUCCUCUAAACGGAUCAGGCCAGCCCCAGCAUCCACCACCCAGUCAGCUACAACCCCCUAGUAAUUCAAACACCCCCAACUCUAACAACUCUACCCAGCAGCAGCAGCAGCAACAAUCCACCCCACCUAACUCUGCCCCUGGCUCCACCCCGUACAACCAGCAGAACAACACUCCUGGCGCUGGUGGUUCUAUGCCAAACGCGGCCCCCAAUUCGGGUCAGAACAGCAUGACCAACAACAACGGAGGCAACACUCCCGGCAGCAACCCCAAUCCCCCCUCUAACUCCACUUCGACCCCAAACACCCAAUCUCCCCUGCCCCCCGGCCCCGCCGCCCCCUCGACCGGGCCCGGCUCUGGCCCCGGGAAACUCGGUGGCCCCGGGAUGGUAUUCCCCUGCGGCCUCUGCAUGGCGGAGGUGCAUGACGAUCAGGACGCCAUCCUGUGCGAGGCUUCGUGCCAACGUUGGUUCCACCGGGACUGCACAGGCCUGACAGAGCCGGCGUACGGGCUGCUGACUCGAGAGAGUGCCGCCGUUUGGGCCUGUGACCUCUGCAUCAAGACCAAGGACAUCCAGGCCGUGUUUGUGCGCCAGGGAUUAGGCCAGCUGGUGGCAGCUAAUGAAAGUUGAGGAGUGGGUGACAGGAGCAGCGUGGAGGUGCAUCACAUGAGGACAAAUAGAGACAUCCUUUGCUUUGAUCUAACUGAACGACCUUUGUGUCAUGUUAGCUACUUGCCCAACUUUCUCUUGACUAGCCCUUUACUUGUUCACUAAACAGAGAAACACACUCAUUGACAUUCAUGCUUAUAUAUAGCACUUUGAGUGACUCUUGGUAAAUGAUUUUUCUCCCCCCCUUCCCCCUCCCCCCACCCCCACCCUUAAAGGAGUCAAAUCAUAAUGAAUGUUAAACGACACAGUCCUUCAGACAUCUAGCCUGCCAACCAGCAAAGCACUGACACCAACACACUACCUCACACACUUUGUGACUGACUGGCACGGACGCUCCCGCACUGACCGACUGUGAUCGACUCGCCACACUCGUGCACAACAUGAGUGUGAUGAUAUUUUAGAUACACAAACCCCACGUUAAGCGGAGAAAGUAAUGUUGAAAUAUCCCCCUACUGUGUAUUGAUAUGACUCAGAGCAUCAGCGUUAUUCUCUGAUUUUCGCGGCUUUAAAUUAAAACAGACAUGAUAUAUCAAAUCUUUAAAAUUAAAAAAAAUAUAUAUUGAAAGAGUGCCUGAAAAUUUAAAAGGGAGUUUCAUUUAUGAAUUGAUCCACAGCUUUAUUUACCAUCGAAAAUGCUUCAUUCUAGCACUGCCCUGUCGCAUUGGGUGAGUCUUUUUACUGCAAGCAAGUGAAAGAAAAUGGAAAAUUGCAUCAGUAUAUUGCAGCGUAAAAUCUCAAGUGUUUUGUGAAACAUAAAUAAGUUCUUUUGUCAGUUCCUCCAGCCGCGCACAUGCAUACAUACACACACUUUGCCCACAUACAUCUAUCUGUCAUUUUGUACCCAGUGCUGAUUAAUCCAAAGGAGACCCCGGCCGAGAUUUCAUCCACACCUCACAGAGAUAAUUGUAAAUAUAUGGACAAAACAUUUGUCUGGAACUCCCCAUCAUUUGUGAACACGCUACAGAGUUGACCAAUGAACAAAAUAAUAAGUUGAACUUCUGUGUCUUGGUUGUAAACAGUAUGACGUUUUGUUUUUUAUACAGUGCAUUGGAGUCAACCAUUUUUUUUUUUAAUCUCUGCAGUACACAUGAAUUGUGAAAUCAGUGCUUUUGGAUGGUGUUGGCAUAGCAAGUAGUGACAUCAUGUCAUAUCAGAUGUGCAUAGUCCUUUUUAAGAAAACAAAAAAAAAAGUUGGGGGGUUGCAUGUGAACCAAUGCAGUAACUGUCUGAUCUGUUUAUGUUUAUAUUCUGGCCUCUGCGCUGCAAGAGGCCUUGAAGUAGACCAAAUAACUUAAAGAGCGAACAAUACCCAUUUUUCACAUUUCUGUCACGGUAUAAGGUGUUUAUAACUAUCCUUCCUUCUCUCUUUCCUUAUUUUUUCUUUAUUCAAUGUCCAAGUUGCCUUUCUUUUUCUUGCUCUCUCUCAGCUGGUCCUUUUUAUUUUGUACUGGUUAUUUGUGCUGUGCUCUUGCUCUGCUCUGGCGCCUCCUGGUGCAACCCGGGGAAACCAGUGAGUCCCACACCAGGUGGGGAAGGGAAAGGUACUGAACUCUGAAGUAAAGACAGAUUUGUUUUUUUUGUACUUGUCCAUGUCUGUUUUUAUUCACAUUUUUUUAUUUGUUUGCUAAUUGUUGUAUUAAAAUGAGGGUUGAAAAACCCAAUGAAACAGA